ACCUCACUUCGAGAUUGUAGCUGAACCACCACCGCGAAAUCGAAUCAGCUACGGUACGUUUUUGAAUUCUCAACCACCCACCCCCUCGAACAACAGCGAGAAUGGCCAACCCACGUGUGGAAGAGAUUGUCGAUGAGCCGGAGCAGAAGGUGCAGGAUGUAGAGGAGGAGUCCUCGGACUCGGAUGAGGAGGGUGGUGAUGCCAACAUCCCAGCUGGUGCUCAGGUCGCUGUGCACAGCAGGAACGAGAAGAAGGCACGCAAGGCGAUUGCGAAGCUCGGUCUGAAGCACGUUGAGGGAAUCACACGUGUCACUCUUCGGAGACCCAAGAACAUCCUCUUUGUUAUCAGCAGCCCGGAUGUCUACAAGUCCCCGAACAGCAACACCUGGAUCAUCUUCGGCGAGGCCAAGAUCGAGGAUCUCAACUCUCAGGCGCAGGCUUCUGCAGCUCAGCAGCUCGCGGCCCAGUCCGCCAACGAGGCUUCGCACGACCACUCCGCCGAGGGCGCCGACAAGGGCAAGGCUAUUGAGGGUGAUGCUGGCAAGAAGGCCGCUGAGGAGGAGGAGGAUGACGGCGAGGAGGUUGAUGACACCGGUCUUGAGGCCAAGGACAUUGAGCUUGUCAUGGCACAAGCCAGCGUCAGCCGAAAGAAGGCCGUCAAGGCUCUCAAGGAGAACGACAACGACAUCGUCAACAGUAUCAUGGCGCUGAGCAUAUAGACAUUGUCGCACACAGCGAGCGAUGGAUAUGCGGGAAGUCAAAAAGAGCUCUCUGACUGAACGGCCCUUUAGAAGAACGAAGCGGUCGUCUGCCCUGGCCGCCGACAAAAUGUAUCAAAUCCAAUGGUUCAUGCUGCCAGUUUGAUCUUGCGUUCUCGUCCCUGCCUC